GGUAAUUAUAGAAGCGCUCGCGGAUGUUGACGAUGUUCACGCGCAUCACAGACCCCCGUCGACCGCCCGGAGUCUCGCGAGAGCGACCGAGCGAGAUCUCGCGGGCCUGUUGUGUCUGACGAGAGAGAGAGAGACGCUGCGUGGGGGUUUUCGCUUGAUGUCAUCGGGAAAGACGCGAGAGCUGCGUUCACGCCACCGUUUCUCAUGCUUCUGCGGCGCCUUCCACUCCCCUUUCCCCACGCGCGCUCGUUAAACGACCUUUCGCGGCACACCGGCGGGAUUCUGACGGGCUUUCGGGGAUGAUGCGGCGGCGCUCGUGCGGAUGCGCGUACAGCUGAGGAGAAAGAUGCACCGUAGCACCGUCGACGAAAACGACCCUCUACGGCUCUGAGUCGCUGCCUCAACGCGUUCGCGGUUCGUUUCCCGCAGUCGAGAGCUUCUUCGCGAUGGAUAUGUGGACGGCGAGCGGCAGCGGGCCCUCCGGAUGGCAAACGAACCGCGAGGAUCUGUAGCCUGCUAAGUUAGCUAGUAACAGAAGAGCCCCGCGGUCGGUCGCUGCAUGAGGAUGAUGAGGAUGAGCAUCGGCCCCGAGCUCGUAUCAGGAGGAAGAUCAGGCACGCAUCCUGAUCUCUAAGGGUUUAGUUUGCUCUCCGAGGCUGCUGGACUCAUAGCCAUAUCAUUUCACGCCAUAUCAUGCGGUCCGACUCGAGCAGGGACCGUCCCGUUCACUGACUGCUGCUGAUAGCUCUAGAGAGAUUAGCUCCGUUCUUCACUCCUGUAUCAGAGCCCAGGUCACCUGAGAUGGAUAAACUCACCAUUAUUUCAGGAUGUCUCUUUCUGGCCGCGGAUAUAUUUGCCAUAGCGAGCAUCGCCAACCCGGACUGGAUCAACACCGGCGAGUCAGCAGGAGCUCUUACUGUGGGGCUGGUGCGUCAGUGUCAGACCAUUCACGGACGAGAUCGAACCUGCAUCCCCCCACGACUCCCUCCGGAGUGGGUCACCACACUCUUCUUCAUCAUAAUGGGCAUCAUCUCCCUUACGGUCACCUGCGGCCUGCUGGUGGCCUCGCACUGGCGUCGGGAAGCUACAAAAUACGCAAGAUGGAUCGCCUUCACAGGAAUGAUCUUGUUUUGCAUGGCCGCCCUCAUAUUCCCAAUAGGAUUCUACAUCAAUGAAGUAGGGGGGCAACCCUACAAAUUACCCAACAACACAGUGGUGGGCUCCUCUUACGUACUGUUCGUGCUCUCCAUCUUCUUCACAAUAGUGGGGCUUCUGUUCGCGGGAAAAGUCUGCCUUCCUGGCUGAGGGGACGUUCCCAGCGGGGACAGCUGGGGUGUUCAAAGCGAAACGGAAAGAAGCGGCACUCCUCGAGAACGGCCCACGACGGGGGGUGGUGGUGGUAUAUGCUAAUAACUCAUUAAACUGCAAAACUAAACAAGACGAUUACUGCACACACUACGUACGAGUGCUCCCCUCCGCCCAACCUGUGCUUCGUUAAACCCGUGCUGUCUUUAUGUUGCACCUUUGAGUUUCCACCCAAAGGAUCGGGGGGCGCUGGAGUUGAAGGAAGGACAGAGCGCAUCCGCAGCGGCUGCUUCCAGCACUCCUUUACUUUGGAAUAUAGUUCCGUUAUCUUCUGUUCGGUUACGUUUUGCAGUGUUUAACACUAUCGCGCCCCCUACCUACGUGGAGAGGAAAGACUAGAACCGGUGGAGAAUGCGGGCACCGAUAUAACAUACCAGGUGCUCGGUCCGACAAGAGGACUCCACACGUUCUCUCUAGCGGCCCGAGAGCUGGCCGGGACACCGCACCGAGGGAAAAGGCAAAAGGGAACAGUAUUAAGAACGUUUUUUUUUUUGCUCACACACUACAUGAGGCGAACGCUCCAGGACUGCCGGUCAGGACCCUGCAAGGCUGUGCCUCGCUCAGAUAUCGACGGACGCGUCUCUGAAUCCGACAACGUACCAAAAUAAACUCCCGUCCGAGCUCGGCUUCGAGCGGAGUUCGAUUCAGUCACGGACGGAUGUGUUUGUGCUUUUGACUUUGCUCAUCUCCACUUGUUUUGAUCUCUGGGUUUUGCAGAGCCCUCGAUUUGUCCGGUUUGAUUUGCUAACGUGCCAUAAACCCGUUUUCGUUCGCGUGAACGCGACGGGCAUGAGUUGGGUUUUUAGGGAGCACUGUGCGGUAUAGCCAUUUCAGUAGGUGAAGCACUACAGAUGUACAAAAAUGAACUCCUUACCUCAGUAUUUUGCGAUUCAGAAUGAUGUUUUCCCUUGCUAUGGAAAAAUAUGUGCCCUGUAACUUAUGUUCUGCCUUGAUGACAGACCUUUCUUUUAAAUGGUACGAUCAUGGCAAAUUAUUUAUCUGACACUGAAUAAAAGGAGCUCAAGAACGCGUGCGUGUCACAUCAGCUUCCAAGGGUUCCAAGGUUUUUUAGUUUUUUUGGAAAGCAAAUGUACUUUGUGAGAGCGGAACAAAACCAGAAGUGUUUGUUUAUGAUGGAUGUGUGUGAUUUAUGAAGGUUACAUUUUGCCCACAAGCUGUUUUUUUUUUUGUUUUUCAUGAAUCUUCUAUAAGUGCGUGUUCCGUUUUAUUUGAAUGUUUUUUUUUUUUUUUUUUUUUUUUCCCACUCCAAUCAAGAAAGGUCACGCUCACGGUCGCCUUUACAUUCUUUACUAAAUUUAUUUCAUUCAAUGCUUUGUAAGACUGCACUUUUCCUAGGAAGCGUUCGUUUUCGUUACAGGGAUGGAGAGCGGAUAAAAAUCUAUUUAUUCAAAAAUUUUAGGUGGUCGUCGUCGAUGAAGACGAUACGUUCUCGGAUCGAAGAAUCGAUAAAAAUGUUUAUACGAAAAAAAAAAAAUCCCUCCUGCGUUCAGGCAAGAUGUGUACAAUUGCUUUUUGGCAAAAGAUGUCUCUUCGUAUCGCACUGGGACCUAAAUUAAUGUGAACUCUGAGAACGACGGCGGCCUCGCGGUGGACGACUUCCGUGCUAAAGACUGCUUCUGCUUUGGAUGUUUUUGGAAACCCAUCAUAAAAUGGAAAAAAAAAGUGCAUAUAGGGUAAUGAAAAGAUAUUAUUUAUGAUUUCAAAAGGGAAGGAAACAAAUGUAUGAGGAACAGUAUUAUCUAUCAAAGGAUGUUAGCGGUCUUCGUGCACAGUUACUGUUAACAGAUCCGUAUUACUGGCAAGACAACUGUUUUCUCUGCUACUCUUUGUUUCAGUAUCUCACUGUAUACAAUAAAAGGCAUUAAAGAAGGCGCA